AUCCCGGCGAGUAACAUGACUAAAAAGAAGCGGGAGAACGUGGGCGUCGCUCAGGAGCCUGCCAGCAGAAUGAAAGCUAAGGACUGCAGAUUUGCAGGGGACUCUGCAAAAAGCAUAAUCCAGAUCGAUGGGCUGGAGGAGAAGCUGUUGCAAUGUCAGAGGGACCUGGAGGCUGUGAACUCCAGGCUCGAUGGGGCGGAGCUGAGCCCAGAAGCCAGGAAGUCUCUGGAGAAGGAGAGAAACAGCCUGAUGAGUAGAGCCUCCAACUAUGAGAAGGAGCUCAAGCUGCUUCGGCAGGAGAACCGGAAGAACAUGCUGCUCUCCGUGGCCAUCUUCAUCCUCCUAUUCCUCCUCUACGCCUACUGGCCUAUGUGAGCCUGAGAUUUCUCCGGUCAACAGCCCGGCCACAGCCAAGCAGGCCCUUCAGGCCUCAAGAGGACCAAGGUACAGGGCCAUUUCUGCCCCAUCGGACACUGAGCAGGGCUUCCUGUUGCUCAGCCCCUCCUGCCUCAGCUCCUGGUCUCCAGGACUGCCGGCUCCUCCCUUAUCCCAAGGGAGAGGCAAUAAAGAACACCCAGGCUGCUGUGUGCUGAGUAAA